AGACGACCGCACACGCACACCGCAGUUCCGAGCGAAACAGUGACAACGUACAAUUAGUUGCUCUUGGCUCUGGCUCUCCGUACGAGUUCUAUAUUCGUUAACAACCCGACCAUCAGUCAGCCUCUGGAUUCAAGUUACUUAAGUGCUAUUUGUGCCGUUUCCCAUUACAUCCUCCACAUCAAAUAACCGAUUGAAUAAGAAAGAUCUCCAACUACAAACUAGGGGGUAACCAAUGCGGCGGAGAUGAGCAUUCUUUGUACGUGAAUUUUUGGCAGCGCGUUAGAAAACUUAUGUGAUACAACGAAAAAAAAUAAAAGGUGCAGAACUGUAUGCGACUGGUGCCCAUACACACGUCCACGCAAUCAUUACUCAGGAACACAAUAAGGUAGUGCAAGGGAACGAGUGGGAUCCAAAAUGGCAAAUGAAUCGAUGAAAUUGAAACCGGUCGGUUCUAACAAGUAUAAUGUUGAGAGCGGCAGCGGCGGCGGAAGCAGUCCUCAGGGGGAUUCCGAUGAUUACGAUCCUCAUUUACACAGGAACAUAGAUGCUCCCACAAGCAAUGUAGAAACUUUGAUCCACAUGCUGAAGGGAAGCUUGGGUACCGGCAUUUUGGCCAUGCCCGAAGCCUUCAAGAAUUCAGGUUUACUGAACGGCCUCGUAUGCACCGUGCUCAUCGGCAUCCUCUGUACAUAUUGCCUUCACAUUUUAGUCAAAGCUCAAUACGUUAUGUGCAAACGACUGAAAGUGCCCAUGCUGACAUAUCCUGAAUCGAUGAAGAUAGCUUUAGAGUCGGGCCCGCAGUGCCUUCGCAGAUUUGCUAACAUGUCACCGAUUUUGGUGGAUUUCUUUUUAAUUAUAUAUCAGCUCGGUAUCUGUUGUGUUUACGUGGUUUUCGUGGCUGUGAACAUUAAGGCCGUUGUCGACCAAUACACAACGAACCCCAUCGCGCUGGAACUUUACAUCCUGAUGCUCCUAAUCCCAUUCAUCCUCAUCAACUCGAUCAGAAACCUGAAACUCUUGGCUCCGUUCUCGACUUUAGCGAACGUCCUCACCUUUGCCUCCUUCGGCAUCGUCCUCUACUACAUUUUCCAAGACCUACCUGACAUCAAGGAGAGACCCAACUUUGGUACGCUUUACACUUUCCCCCUGUUCUUCGGCACAACGCUCUUCGCUUUAGAAGCCGUAGGCGUCGUGAUCGCUUUAGAGAACAACAUGAAAACGCCUAAAUCCUUCGGAGGUUACUUCGGAGUUUUGAACAUCGCCAUGGUGAUCAUCGUCAUCCUCUACGUCGGAAUGGGUUUCUUGGGUUACUGGAGGUACGGCGAUAGGAGCGAGGCCAGCAUCACCUUGAACUUCCCACCAGAAGAUGUAUUGGCUAAGGUUGUUAACAUCCUCUACUCACUCGCCAUAUUCAUCUCGUACGGUCUGCAAGGCUACGUUCCCGUCAAGAUCAUGUGGGACACCUACAUCUUCAAGCACUUGCAAGAUAGCAACCAUCAGCUGGCCUGGGAAUACGUCCUCAGAGUUCUCGCCGUCAUCAUUACUUUCGUCCUGGCUGUGACUAUUCCUCUAUUGGGUCUGUUCAUUUCGCUGUUCGGAGCCUUCUGCCUGUCCGCACUUGGCCUCGCCUUUCCCGCAAUCAUGGAGAUCUGCGUCUCCUGGCCCGACAAUUUGGGACCUUUCAAAUACGUCCUCAUCAAAGACGUGCUGCUCAUCAUCUUCGGAGUUGUAGGAUUGUUGGCAGGAAGCUACAGUUGCAUAUCGGAGAUCGUGGCGGCCCUCAGCAAGGGUUAAUUAGCUUCGCUUCUAGUAGACCAGAAGAAACCAAUCAGUUUAUUUUAUUUAUUAGCUGACAGUUAUAUAUUACAAUAUUAUUUAUUAUGUACUAGAGAGAAUACGUUAUUCACGCACAACAUGUAUGGAAUAAAGACAAGACAGAAUUUUAUUAUUA